AUGCUGUUCCAACUCUUUGACUCUCCUCCCCGCCCUAUCCACCGCAACACCCGUUCGACAACUCCUCCCCUCCCAGAUCACGAGUCUCUUCCCCUCUCAGACACCACUUGGCCCACUGUGGAAUGGGCUCAAGAAGUCUUUCUGCCCAUCUCCAUCCCUCUUGAGGUAAUCGACAACAUCCUCUCUUUCCUCCCCCGUAAUGAUGUCGCAACCUGUACCCGAGUCAACAAGAAUUGGUACCUCGCUUCCAAGCCCCAUCUAUUCAAGGUAGUGACCCUCACCACGACGCUGUCUCUCGAUGGUCCCAACCACCCCAUUCUCGACAAGAACGACGGCGCGCGACCCGUCUUCCGGCGCAAGUGGAUGUCACAUCAUUGCCACACGCUGUGCGUAGCCGAGCACAGUUUUCUUGCCUGCCAACGGGUUACUAGCGUUACCGACAUAGAUGUCAAGUGCGGCUCUCACCUCGUCACCCCCACAUUCCCGCCUCUCCCACACCUCCAGACCCUCAACCUCCCGUACGACGUGCACUGGGCGGUCGAACAGAAUCGGUGCAACCAAGCGUGCGGAUUUUACAGGCUACAAGGAGUGCGCAACCUGAUUCUUCGUGAUUUCUGGACAGACGACAAGAAACCGGCUCAAGGAAUGCCAGCGUAUCCCAAGUUCCCGGACGCGUCGCUCGACAAACUCACGAUCAUGCUGGCCCAGCAGCGCCAUCGUUAUCCUUACGAGGGCCCCCAUGGCUACCGCAGCGUUUCAACUGUAUUCGGACAGACGUGGUACCUUGACGCAGUGAGGCCGAACGGAGAGAUCACAUUCGUCUUCCCCUAUUUCUUUCGGAACAUGCCCCUCCACCCAAUAUUUUCCGUCACGUUCGAGCCGCCAAAUGUGUCGGACCCUUACCCAUACAACCUCUUUGAGUUCGAAGCGUUGGGUGGAGUGUGGAUGUGGUCUGGGCGUUGGUUAAGUGCGCUUUCCCUUGUUAGCACUGCUGCGGUGGCAUCCGCCCUAAAGGACCGUCCAGGCAUUCGGCUCGUCGGCUUCGAGGACCUUGGGUAUGACGAGACCGAUAAGGAGUGGUUAAUGUGGUUCGUGAGCACCUACGCUCGUGGGCUACUCUCGGAAUGGACACAUUUAAGCCACGAGGGCUUCCCUCACCUGAAGACUGUGGGACUCCGCCUCCAACAAGUUGAGCAAGUGAGCUCUGUGACCGACGACCUCGUGUUCCAAAUGCAACGGGCAGACUGGGCAACCACAGCUUCGGGACGCGCAGCACUGAUGGCCCCUCAAACGGACAAGUGGGGCAAGUGGACCGCGAGGGAUUAG